GUUCUUACAUUAACGUGUUCAUUGUGCACUACUAUCGUUGAAAGAAGAUGAAGAUGAUUAAAAAAUGGAAUGAUUUUUGUGGUUUAUCGUUUAAAUAGAAUUUUGGGUUUUUUUUUUUAAAUUAAUGGCGAAAGAAGCUCAAGUAAGUGGUUUUUCUACAGAUCUGUUGCAGAGAUUCAUGAAUGGGACGACCAACCAAUUUUUUUACAGGAAUUUUCAACAAGGUGGUGGUGGUGGUGGUGGAGAAGAAACGGAAGAGAUUGAGCUGAGUUUGGGGCUGUCAUUGAAUGGACGGUUUGGGGUGGACCCUGAAAGAGCAAAUAAGCUUAAAAGAUCUUCUUCAAUUCCGGAUUUUCUGAACCCAACUGGGAAAGAUUUUAACAAUUAUAAUAAUAAUGAGAGUUCGUUUUUGGUGCCUGUGGGUUGUGGUAAUCUUAUAAGGACGUGUUCAUUGCCAACGGAGACUGAAGAGGAUUGGAGGAAGAGAAAAGGGUUGCAAACUUUGAGGAGAAUGGAAGCAAAGAGGAAAAGGUCAGAGAAGCAAAGGAAUUGGAAGAUUUCGAGGGAGAGAAGUAGAGUUUUUGGGGCAGAAGAAGAGGCUACUGUUAAUGGGAUUUUUCAGGCUGAAAAUUGUGUGCAAAGUUGGGUUAAUGGAGGCAAAGGAGCCAAUUGUAACAUUGCAGUCAAGGUUGGUGUUGGUGUUGGUGGUGGUGGUGGUGAAGGAAGUUUACUAUUACCACCAGCUGCACCACCACCGCCGCUGCAGCCGCCACAACCGUCACAAGGUUCAAUUGGAUCAUCACAAGGUAGUGGCUCAUCUGGGAUUUCUGAAUUUGAGAGUCAACCAUUUCAAGGAUUGAACAAAUGUACUGAAGCAAUAAGCCCUUCAAGUGUUCAGUCUAUGCUGAAGAGUGAGCACAAAUCACCAACCAAUACUGAAGCAACAACUGCAGAAAAAUCAAGUAAAGUUGCCGGGGUUCCAAUGAAGAAUGAAUUGAAUAAGACAACAGCUGCUGAAAAGGGAAUGAAGGAAGUGGUAAGGAAUGUGCUAGAAGAUAUGCCUUGUGUGUCUACUACAGGUGAUGGCCCCAACGGGAAAAGAAUAGAAGGUUUUCUUUACAGGUAUAGGAAGGGCGAGGAGGUGAGAAUAGUAUGUGUUUGCCAUGGUAGCUUUCUCUCACCAGCUGAAUUUGUGAAGCACGCUGGUGGAGGCGAUGUUGCACACCCUCUAAAGCAUAUAGUCGUUAACCCUUCUGCCCUUUUGUAGCAGUAAUGCAUCGAUACCUCAACCAAAAAUGGUUAUGAAGCUUCCCUUUUUUUUU